CGGAAGUUCUUGCCGGCGAUUCGGCUAAGCCAGAGCUAACGAGUUGGUCAUUGAUAAUCUCUUUCUGACGCUGCUGAGCGCUUAUUGUUGCAGGUUUCCGGCAGUCAGUAGUGACCCAGCCAUCUUCAGACCUGCGCAGUCGGGGUCCCCCGGUGAGCCCCGUGGUUUCCCUCAUCCCUGCCUUCACUGAAGACCGGGACCAUGGAAGACAAACCGUUAGUAGUAUCUAAACAGAAGACAGAAGUGGUGUGCGGCGUGCCCACACAGGUGGUCUGCACGGCUUUCAGCAGCCACAUCCUGGUUGUGGUGACCCAGUUUGGGAAGAUGGGUACAGUAGUCUCCUUGGAGCCCAGCAACGUGGCCAAUGACAUCAGCAAGCCAGUACUCACCACAAAAGUACUCCUCGGGCCGGACGAGCCUCUCAUCCAUGUCUUUGCGAAGAACCUGGUGGCGUUCGUGUCCCAAGAAGCUGGGAACAGAGCCGUUCUCCUGGCCAUGGCUAUGAAGGACAAGAGCAUGGAGGGGCUGAAGGCCUUGAAGGAGGUGAUCCGGGUGUGUCAGGUGUGGUGACUGUCAGUCAGC